AUGGCCAAGGCGGCAGCCUCUUCGCCGUUAGAAGACUUGGAUCUGAGUGGAGAGGAGGUCCAGCGGCUCACCUCCGCCUUCCAGGACCCGGAGUUCCGGCGAAUGUUCUCCGAGUACGCCGAGGAGCUCACAGACCCUGAGAACCGGCGGCGCUACGAGGAGGAGAUCACAGCGCUGGAGCGUGAGCGCGGAGUGGAGGUGCGGUUCGUGCACCCGGAGCCGGGCCACGUAUUGCGCACCAGCCUGGACGGCACCCGGCGCUGCUUCGUGAACGUGUGCAGCAACACGCUGGUGGGAGCGCCCAGCAGCCAGCCCGGCUCUGGGGGCGCGGUCUCCGGCAGCCAGUGGUCCCUGCCCUACAGCCUGGCCCCCGGCCGCGAGUACGCUGGGGGGCGCGGCACCCGCUACACUGUCUACGACGUGGUCUUCCACCCAGACGCGAUCGCGCUGGCCCGGCGCCACGAGCGCUUCCGCCAGAUGCUGGACGCCACGGCCCUGGAGGCCGUGGAGAAGCAGUUCGGCGUGAAGUUGGACCGGAGGAACGCCAAGACCCUGAAGAUCAAGUACAAGGGGACCCCGGAUGCCGCCGUGCUGCGCACGCCCCUGCCCGGAGGCGCGCCGGCCCGGCCCGAAGUGGAGCCGGAGAGCUCUUUCCCCGAUUUCCCCUACCCCUACCGAUACCCGGCGGCCGGCGUGAGCGCUGCGGUCCCCCGGCCCCAGGAGCCCUCCCCUCCGGAGGCUGUCCGGCAGCCCGCCCCCACCGAGCCUCGCUACAGCGUGGUGCAGCGCCACCACGUGGACCUCCAAGAUUACCGCUGCUCCCGGGACUCGGUGCCCGGCACCGUGCCCCAAGAGCUGGUGGUUACCAUCGAGUUGCCGUUGCUGCGAUCUGCCGAGCAGGCGGCGCUGGAGGUGACGGGGAAGCUGCUAUGCCUUGACUCAAGGAAGCCCGACUACCGUUUGCGACUCUCGCUCCCGUACCCAGUGGAUGACAGCCGCGGCAAGGCACAGUUCAACAAGGCCCGGCGGCAGCUGGUGGUCACGCUUCCCGUGGCGCCGACCGCCUCGCGCCCGGAGCCCGCCGCGUCCCCGGAAGAGGCAGCCGCCGCGUCCCCGGAAGAGGCAGCCGACCCGCCAGGAACUGACGGCGCGGCCUGCGCUUCCGCUCGCCGGGGGGAGGCGGGCCCGGCGGGGGUUUGUGCUGGAGACGCAAGCUCAGGUCCCAGCCGAACCCGGGCUGCAGACGCCGGGAUCGCCACACUGGACGCUGCCGGGAAGGAGCGCGUCGCAGAAUCCGAGGAGCGGGAUUUCGGCGGGCAAGAGAUACCAACCACGGGGACCGGGGAGGAGCCGCCUCCCGGAGCCGGGAACUCACCUGGGGACCGUGGCGGAGGCGCGCUUAGUACUUCCUGCGGGGACCUUGACGCGGGCCUUUCUGUAGGGAGCCCGAGCGUGCGCCCGACCCUCGGCGUGGAGGCUCGCGAGACCCGGGAAGGCACCGGCAGGGAGCCGGCUUAUCGAGCGAUGGGUGGUCCCGGGACCGACCGCGGGGAAGCUUUGUGUCCGCCUUUGCAGUGUAGUCAGGAUGAAGAAUCCCUGACUCUGCUCAUUCAAGUGCCUUGGAUCCUGCCUCAAAGUCUUCAAGGGGAAGUGAACCCCCUCUGGUACAAACUAUCUUUCUCUACCCAAGACUUAGUUUACUAUUCCUUCUUUUUGCAAUUUACUCCAGAGAAUAAAUUGAGUACCAAGGAACCAGUGGUUAGCAUUUCUUCCAACAAUGCAGUGAUAGACCUGGCCAAAUCUCCAGAAUGCCAUGGAUACUGGAGAGAGUGGUAUUACGGUUUAAACAACUGUUGUUUGGAGGAAAGGUUAUUUGUCAAUGAAGACAAUGUUAAUGAGUUUCUUGAAGAGGUCCUGAGCCCUCCAUUCAAACAGACAUUACCCGUGACUCCACCAUUAAUUGAAGUUCUUCAGGUUACUGAUAGUAAGAUUGAAAUACAUGCAAAGUUGCAAGAAUGCAGUAACUCUGAGCAGCUUCAUGAAAAAGAAGAAAGAGUCCAUGAAGGAAGUCCUCUAACAGAAAAAGAAAAUAUAGAACAUGCUACCACUUCAACAACUGAUUCUGAUUCAUCUGUAGCAGUCACAGUACUAGAAGCAGACAGUUGUUCAGUCACAUGCUUGCAACAAGGGGCUCUUGAUGUUUCUCAAAAGCUGUUUGCAAAGUCUCAGCAACUUAAGUCAGAAAAGGAACAUGAAUUUAUAAAAGACAAAAGUGCUGUUUAUGUAAAUGAAAGAAAAGAUAACUUAAAAGAACCAGUAAUAACUGAAGAGAAAGAAUUGGAUGGAAAUCACCCAUCUUCGUUACUGAACAAAACUGCAGUUCACAAUACACCUGGUUUUGACCACAUAAAGGAAACCAAUAUGCAGGAUGGUAGUGUGCAGAUCUUUAAAGAUCAUGUGACUCACUGCUCAUUCAGUUUUCAGAAUUCUUUGCUUUAUGACUUGGAUUAA